GAGAGAGAGAGAGAGAGAGAGAGAGAGAGAGAGAGAGAGAGAGAGAGAGAGAGAGAGAGAGAGGCGUGUCCCCGGUCCCAGCCAGCCGUACAGCAGCCUCCUGUUUAGUCCCUCACUCCGCAGAGAGCCGCCUGUCCUGACGCAGAGGACAGAGGACGCUCCUCUUGUCUCUGGAGCAGUGCGCGGGGCUGAGAGAGAUCAGUGUGCCGGGGACAGGGAGAGGAUGUCCCGGCAGGCAGCCCGGGGACAGACCUUCAAUGCGUUAGAAGGUUCUUCGGACUGAGCGCGUUAACGUGGGAAGCGGAGGAUCGGUUGCUUCACUCAUGUCUAGCUUCAGUGUGUCUCUCAGUCUAAAGGACUCAUCAGGUCUGCAGUGAACUUCAGAUGAAGUGAGAAAGAUUUAUUUGGUCCUCUUUACUUUCUGAGUUGCCACUAAACUUGAGUUGUUUGUCUGAGAACCGGAGAUGGAGCUGGAGCUGGAGCUGGAGCCGGAGGAGGGGAAGAUCUCCGUGUGGGUCUGCCGGGAGGAGAAGCUGGUCUCCGGGCUGACGAAGCGAACUACCUGCGCCGACGUGGUCAAAGUUCUGCUGGAGGACCAGAACCUGCAGCAGGGCGCCUCGGCGGCGAUGCUGUCCGGCUCCCCGCAGUCCUACUGCGUGGUGGAGAAAUGGAGAGGCUUCGAGAGGAUUUUACCCAACAAGACCAAAGUCCUCCGGCUGUGGAGCGCCUGGGGGGACGAGCAGGACAAUGUCCGCUUCGUCCUGGUGAAGAACGAAGCUUCGCUGCCCAACAACGGGCCCCGCAGCGCCGAGGCCCGGGUGGUCCAGAGCCGGGAGAGCGGCGGUCCGGGCGGGGGGCUGAAGGGCACCGCCAGGACCUGCUGGACCGCCGCGGCCGCUGCCGCUAAUCUGUCCCAGGACAAACAGAGGCGCAUCGUCAGGAAGGCUUUCAGGAAGCUGGAUAAGAUGAACAAAAAGAAAGAGCAGGCUGUUUGUAAAGAUAAGGGCUCCGUGGAGAAGAUGGAGACGCUGGUCCACCUGGUGAUCUCCCAGGACCACACCAUCCGCCAGCAGAUCCACCGGAUCAAGGAGCUGGACCGGGAGAUCGAGCGCUACGAGGCCAAAGUGCACUUGGACCGCAUCAAGAGACACGGGGUGAACUAUGUGCAGGACACAUACAUGGUGGACUCGUCCUCGGAGGCUCCUUCAGACUGGAAGCGCAAAGCAGAGCGCCAGGACGCGCGCUGCACAGCGGAGGCGGUGGCGCAGUUCGAGGAGUACGCGCGCCGGUGCGAGGAGGUGGUACGGCUGCAGGAGGAGCUGACGGAGCGCGAGGCGCUCGUGGAGAGCAUCACCGAGGAGAUCCAGGAGGAGCUCAACCGGCGGUGGAUGAAGCGGCGGCGGGACGAGAGAGGAGCGGAAGCGGAAGCGGCGACGGACACAGACAGCGUCGCGGAGGAGAUGUGCCUGACAGCGUCUGGUGCUCCAGCUGUGGAAGCAGAUGUGGAAAGUUUGUCUGAGAAGGAGUUCGCGCUGGAGGAGGAGAGGAUCAAAACGCAGCUGGACACCAGUCUGUACAUCGGCCUGCGGCUGAAGACGGACAUGGACGCCCUCAGGGGGGACUUGGACCUGAGUUUGGCGCUCUGGGAGACCAGGGAGAGUGAACUUCUGGACCUACUGGCCAAAGUCGAGACCAUGGAGAUAGAGCAGGUGAACGCCACACUGACUGAUGAUGGUAAGGCAGAGCUAGGUGCAGGGAGCGCUGAGGCUGAGCCGGCCUCGGCAGAGAAGAGUAGUGUCUGGGUGGAGCAGGCCAGAGGUCUGUCCAAGGCCUGCAAUACAAAUGAUGAGGACUCGGACACAGGCCUGAGCUCCAUGCACAGCCAGGACUCUGACAACCCACCUGUUAGUUACUUAUGAUGACAUGGUACAGGAGAAAGUCUUCAGCUCUGGUAAACUCUGAUAAACUAAGCACCGGUGGUCUGUAGUCAUGGUAACACAGAGACAGCUACUACUGUAAUUAAUAUACCAUUACUCUGAUCUUCCAUACAUUUAUCAGGUGUCUUUUACCAGAAAUAAUGAACUGACUACUGUUUCACAUCUUCUAUUUUCCACCCUGAUGGUCGCUGUGGUUACACACCGUCUCAUAGCGAUAGCAUGUAGCUAAUCCGUUAACAUGUAGCUACAUGCUAACGGGUCUGCUCACAGCUAUCUGCUCUCAGCUGUCUGCUCACAGCUAUCUGCUCUCAGCUGUCUGCUCUCCUCUAGGAUGAUUCUGUCGGUCAUUUCUCACAGAUGGAUCUGUAAAGACAGACGUAAAACAGAGUGUAUGUUUACAGUUUACAGAGUUGAUGCAGAAGGUAAACACUGAGCUAACUAACAGAGAUAUAAAUAGUAUUAUUUACCUGAGAGAAACCGUCAGGAAAACCUGGAGUCUGGACCGCAGAUGUUCAUCAUUUGUCGCCGAUUUCUGAUCAGAUUCUUCCGGUAACGGGCGCUGGGUGAAGUUUCUGGUUUAUAAACUUUAUAAGCUCUAUUCUAGCUGCUCUUUCUCUGUGGGCCAAAGCUGCUCCGUCCUCAACACAGUGUUGAGGACGUUUGAUUGACAGAAACGCUGAACAAUCAGAGCAGAGUGGGAGGAGACAGGCUGUAAAUCAGGAUCUCUCAGACAGAGGCUAAAUGCAGGCUGAGUAAACAUGUUCUAGUGCAACAUUAAAAUACAUCUAUGAACCUGGAAAUGAGCAUAAUAUGAGACCUUUAAGACAUCAUCAAAUUUGAGAUUUAAAGUAAACGGGUAAAACGAGAACGAUAAAGCAGUGCAUUCAUUUGCCGCCAUGUGUGUGUAUGUGUGUGUGUGUGUGUGCAUUGCCAACCCUCAAGGACAGCUGUCGGUCACACAGCUGGUGACAGAUUAUUUUUUGUUGUUGGAUAUUUAAAAACACCUUCAUCUUCAUCCACAGUUCAAAUGCAACCAUAGAGGAGGGCCUUUAAAAUGAUUUAUUAUGACCAUAUCAGGCAGAAGAGGAGAUAUUCUGUUUAUUUUUCGAUAGCCCGCUUGACAGUAUGUGUUAUGUGUUUCAGCAGCGAUCAGCCACUGUGAUAAGAGAGAGUGAAACCCACACCUGACCUUCCUGCUGUGUCCUUAAAUGGCCUCUAUCAUCUUAAAGGAGUACACCCAGGAUUUGGGGGAUCGUCUUGUUGGUCAACUACUUUUAGUGGACAACAAAAUCAGCUUUCCUCAGUAGAUCAUUUGAUCCACUCUAUAGAAGUCCAAGACUGACAAUAUAGGGAAAAUAGAACUGAAAUAAUUCAUAUAUGUCAUCGACAACACUUUUUUCGUUCCAUCAUGGGAAUUUUUGAGGUUACCAUAAAGUGCAUACAUUUCACACCCAGAAUUCAGAUCCUCAAAGAAAAUGGCGUAUAUCGCACUACUUAGUAAAUUGGGAGUGACUUUGGACACAACCUAAGAACUACAGUCAUGCUGGCAGCUUUGUGAUGUCGUAACUGCUCAUUGCUGCCCAGUCGCACAGCAGUUUGUGAAAUAGUCACGAAAUUUUGUGUAUUGAUUUGUGUACAUAGACACAAAUUUCAAAUUUUUUUCGUGAUGGUCCGCACAAAAUCAAUUUGUAUAUAAUCCACGUAAUUGUGAAGCAGGAAACAUAAAUCGGGAGGAGGUCAGGAUGGACGGGUGGGUAAAAAAACACAGGACUUUCACUCAGAAGACAGGUGUUCGUUUCCCGUGUGAAACUAGAAGUCAAAGUUGAUUUAUUUGUCACGUACCUUCCGUACUUAAUUUACAGCACUUCUUCUUUAUUUUAACCCAAACCACCAUCUUCUCCUAAAGCUAUCCAAGUCGUUUUUGUCACAUAACUUCCAUACUUAAGUUACAGCACUUGCAGUGUUAUUUAACCCCAAACUGUGAUC